AUGGUCGCUUCAUCGGCUCCGCUGAAUUGUGGAAGAUCGAUUGAAGCUACGUCGACGCUAAUGCGACUCAGAGUUCGCAUGACUGUCGGUCCUGCACCACCGAAUCAGAGAAUCAUGAUUGAAAUUCAGCGGGUGGAAGGGAAAUGCCAGGAGGGCUGCUACACAAGAGCUGUCGAGAUAAAAAUGAACGCAGACUUCCGGCCUGUGGGAUACAGGUACUAUUAUUAA